UAAAAGUAGAAUUAUAAUCUGGGAUUCCCCUGUUGUGACACGUAAAUAAGAGCACAGAAAAUCGGAUAUUGGAUCGAGAGAAGUGGAAUUUCUGAAUGUAAUUAUAAAAAGCUCCAGCAGGCACAUGAGUCAGUCCUCAGCAGAUUUAGCUGCCUCUCCGCAGCCACCACUGACGUGCCCGCGCUGUAAGAACACAGGAGCUCGGAAGGUGAGCGGUCAGCUGGCCGUUUGCCGUAGCUGCUCGCCCUUUAUGAGGCGUGUGUACCAGUUCUGCUGGGCCUGCAGGAGAGAGUGGACUGGCCAGGCGGGAUCGGGGGUGUGCCCCCGCCCUGACUGCGCCCUCCGUGCUGCCCUGCUCUCCUCCGAGGUAAUCAGGAAUCAAAGCAGCUCCGUCAACGGCUGCCCAUUCUUCAGGGCCUGUCCUGGAUGCACGGCCCUCCUCACACACACCGGGCAGGGCUGCCCCAACAUCGUCUGCCCACAAUGCAAAAAGAGUUUCUGCUUCCGCUGCCUGAAGGAGAGAUGCUAUCCCAUUUUUAUUGUGAGGAGGCAGUUGGGUCUGUUUCGUCUUUUAAAUCGGAUGCCUGAGAUUCCAUCACUUGAUGAAUGUACUAUUGUUGACAAUAGCCAGACACUCCAAGAUUAGAGCAAGCAGGAGCUUAGUGCAGAACAUAGCCAAAAUUUUGAUGCGAUUUUUUGUAAUCAUACUGAAAUCAUUACUUUUUACAUUAUAAACAGUAGCAUACUUUCUUUGUUUUAGAAAAUCAUAGCAGAAAAAAGAUUUAUUAAAAGUCUAUUUCAGUUGUUCUUUGACAUCUCUCUCUGUUUUUGUCUCUUUAAAUGUAACUGGUCUUUGAUGAAGACUUAAAAUUCAUGUAACAUGUAAUGUUCCUAACCCAGUGGGCCCAGACCCAUGUCUAUACUUAGCUGGAUCUCAUACUGUAAAUAACCUCAGAUCUGACCAGGACUAUUUAUAACUCCAGGAUUACCUGCUUGAAGUAUCUGCGUUUAAUCAGAGGUAAUACCAGGUAUUUACUGCAACUCAGCCUAGAUUAACUACUAUGGGAACACCCACAGCUUUAAUUUCUUGGUGGACUAUGAAUUCUUAAUAAAAAGUAUCUUCAAGAGAAGUGUUUGGUUUGAU